AUGAGCCGAUAUGAGAAUUGGACCCGUGAACAGCUUUUGGAACGCAUUGCAGCUCUUGAAUCGUCGUCGACCAAUGUGCCGAGUAAACGAUCGAUCAAUGGCAAACCUCGCAAGGAGCAACGACCUUUUGAUAUGAGCAAAUACAGUCAACGUCAUAUCGCACUCAAGGUGGCCUAUCUUGGAUGGAAUUAUAUGGGCUUUGCUGCACAGGGCAAUGAGGAAGCAGUACCCACGGUGGAAGGACGCUUAUUCCAAGCACUGCAAAGCUGUCGACUUAUUGUGGAUCCGGAUCAAUGUCAAUUUUCACGUUGUGGACGUACCGACAAGGGUGUCAGUGGUCUUGGUCAAGUCGUAUCACUACGUGUACGAAGCAAUUUGCCUCAAAAGAGUGAAGAGAUUCCAUACAUCGAGACGAUCAAUCGACUCUUGCCUGAUGAUAUCCGUGUAUUGGCCUGGGCUCCUGUAUCAGACACCUUCAAUUCACGCUUUGAUUGCCGUUCACGCACAUACAAGUACUUCUUUCCACGUGGCAAAUUGGAUCUUGAUUUGAUGCGACAAGGUGCUUCUUACUUUGUUGGUGAACAUGACUUCCGCAACUUUUGCAAGCUCGACCCAUCCAAAAACAUCACAAACUACAAACGCACCGUUCUCUCGCUUGAUAUUCGACCUGUUGCUCCUCCAGCUCUAGGGGCUUCCGAUAGUACAGGCUUUUUUGAAGUGGAGCUCAAAGGAACAGCCUUCUUGUGGCAUCAAGUGCGUUGUAUCAUGUCGAUCCUUUUCCUUGUGGGUCAAAAAUUGGAGCGUCCAGAGAUCAUCCAAGAUUUACUCGACGUAUCAAAGAUUGAAUCUCGUCCUGAUUAUCCUAUGGCUAGCGAGUUACCAUUGCUAUUGUAUGAUUGUGAGUUUGAUGGCUUGGAUUGGAAAUAUGCAGGCAAUGGUGCUGCCGUAUCCACAGCAACCCCUGUUCGCAUUUAUCAACAUUGGCAAGAUCUUUGGGCCGAUCACAUGACUCGUACGCUGCUAUGUCAAACUUUUAUGGCAUCCAUGUGGGGAUAUCCAGUGGAAAGUGGAUCAAAGACACUUGCAUCGCAUUUGGAGACACAUCAAGAUGACCCACCAUCGAUUGUUUUGGGAGGCGGUAAGGAAGUACGCUCUUCUCGCUAUAAGAAGCUCUUGGAUCGACCACGAUGCGAUUCUGACGAAGUCAAGAAGGAGAAGUACAGGGCAAAGAAGAAGCAAAAGACCAACGCAGACAAUAGCACACCUUCAUCAUCAUCCACUACUCCCACUCCUACUACCAACAAUGAUAACCCAAUAGACGAGAAAUAA